UUACCCCCAUCACCCGGCCUCCAUUCGGACUCGAACCGGCGGAGAGAAUUGGAAAAAAAAAGGGAGAGAGAGAGAGAGAGAGAGAAGGAGGAGGAGGAGGAGGAGGAGGAGGGGAGGUGGAGAGAGAGAGAGAGAGAGAAAAAAAGGGCGACGUUAUUUUUGAAUCCGGUGACAUUCUGAGCGCGGCCAUGGAUUCGAAAGACGUGGCGGAUUACGCCCCUGAUUCCUGGGAGCUGGCGGCCGACACGGAUGUCGAGGCCCAGAUGCACAACUCCUUCUCCAAGCUCAACGUGAACGCCAAGCCCUUCGUCCCCAAUGUCCACGCAGCAGAAUUCGUCCCCUCCUUCCUCAGGAGCUCGGACGAGCCGGGUGAGACGCCAGAAGGGCCAGAUGCUACAGAUGCCAGCAUGGAGGUUUCAGAGCCAGCUGCACCAGUAGAAAAUGGCGAUACAGAAGCUGGAUCUGAUGAAUCAUGGGAACAAAAAGCAGAGCCAAGUGAAGCAGAGCCAGGAGGUGGUCCUGCUGGCGAUGGAGGGCCACCUUUGGCAGCUCCAGUAGGAAUGGAAGAGGAGGAGGACGUGUCUGUGCCAAAGGUUGCUGUGGUCGAACCAGGUGCCCCCAGGAAGGAACAUGUAAAUGUUGUAUUCAUUGGUCAUGUAGAUGCUGGAAAAUCCACUAUUGGUGGACAGAUAAUGUACCUCACAGGUAUGGUUGACAAACGAACACUGGAAAAGUAUGAGAGGGAGGCCAAGGAAAAAAAUAGAGAAACAUGGUACCUUUCCUGGGCCUUGGACACAAAUCAGGAGGAGAGAGAUAAGGGCAAAACAGUAGAAGUGGGCCGUGCAUAUUUUGAGACACAAAAGAAGCACUUCACCAUUUUAGAUGCUCCAGGCCACAAAAGCUUUGUACCGAAUAUGAUUGGUGGGGCAUCUCAAGCUGAUCUUGCUGUCUUGGUUAUAUCAGCCAGAAAAGGUGAAUUUGAAACAGGCUUUGAAAAAGGAGGUCAGACACGAGAACAUGCUAUGUUAGCAAAAACAGCAGGAGUGAAACACCUGAUCGUUCUCAUCAACAAAAUGGAUGACCCAACAGUAAGCUGGAGCCAAGAUAGGUAUGAGGAAUGUAAAGAAAAACUUGUGCCCUUUUUGAAGAAAGUUGGUUUCAAUCCUAAGAAGGAUAUUCACUUUAUGCCUUGUUCUGGACUAACUGGCGCAAACCUAAAAGAACGAGCUGAGAACUGCUCUUGGUACACUGGAUUACCAUUUAUUCCCUAUCUGGACAAUUUGCCACACUUCAGUAGGGCAUCUACUGGACCUGUGCGAGUACCAAUUGUAGAUAAAUAUAAGGAUAUGGGUACUGUGGUUUUAGGGAAAUUAGAAUCUGGAUUAAUUGGAAAAGGACACCAACUUGUCAUGAUGCCAAACAAACACAAUGUUGAAGUUCUGGGCCUACUGUCUGAUGAUGUAGAGACUGAGACUGCAGACCCAGGUGAAAAUCUAAAGAUACGACUGAAAGGAAUCGAAGAGGAGGAGAUACUGCCGGGAUUCAUCCUGUGUGAUCAUGGCAGCCUUUGUCACUCAGGGCGUACUUUUGAUGCUCAGAUAGUUAUAAUUGAGCACAAAUCCAUCAUCUGCCCAGGUUACAAUGCAGUGCUGCACAUCCAUACUUGCAUUGAAGAAGUGCAGAUCGCGGCCUUAAUCUGUCUGGUGGAUAAGAAGUCUGGAGAAAAGAGCAAGACGCGGCCUCGUUUUGUUAAACAGGAUCAGGUUUGCAUUGCUCGUUUAAGAACAGCUGGAACUAUCUGCCUUGAGACCUUCAAAGAUUUUCCUCAAAUGGGGCGUUUUACCUUGAGAGAUGAAGGUAAAACUAUUGCAAUUGGGAAGGUCCUGAAGCUGAUCCCGGAGAAGGACUGAAUAUCCACUAUCUAAUGCUGCACAAUACUGUGAUGAAAAAGGACUCAGCAACAGCCUACUUCACGCCUUCCUUUCCUGGUUUUCAUUGUCCCUCUGCCCAUCAAUAUCUUUAUCUUCCCAUAAACUGCAAAUUGCUGUAAACAUGUCCACAUUUUACGUCAGCUUUCUCAUAUUGAGAGCUCUGCUAUGCCAUUGUUAAAGUUACCAUUUUAAAUCCUUCUCUUCUGAAAUCUGCUUCCUUAGAAAUACAGCAAUAGCUACCUAACUGAUGUGGACAGAAUUGCCUGCAAAAAUAAAAUUAAACCAAAAAAGUUUAUUUUAUUCUGGCAUCAUUCUCUUUUGUGCGCAUUCUUGCUCACCUGCUUUUUCCAACUAGAUCAGGUUAUUCAACAGAUCAGCGUGUGUUCACAUGUUAGAAAUGCAUCUGUAGAUAUAAUAAAAUUGAUUUGAAAUAUUUCUGGCAUUUGAGUUACUUUGGGAAGGAUUCUUGUGAGAUGAACCUUUCACCAGCUUGUCAGCUGGUGCCCCAGCAAAUUAUUUCUUGAUUUAAAUUUUACUUCCUGUCCUAAAUAUGUUUCAUAACCGUCCGCCAUGUAUGGCGUUUGUGGUUUUCCAACUUUUACGAAAGCAUGAUGCAUUUUAUUGUAAACUUUGUAUGUGCUGGGAAACAACUCAUUAUUCCAGUACUGUAAAAAAUGUAAUGAAAGUUAAUUUUGUAGCUACUGUUUCCCUUCAAUUUAUGCAGCAUCCAAAAGAAUCAAAUCUUUUUUUUUUCAAAAAAGUACACAACCGCAAUUAAAUUAGAUGUGAAUUGCUUGGUAAGAUCCUCGGGGGGGAAACAAAUAAGAACAAAUAACUGCUGCAUGGUGUUGAGCAAGCAGCGUAUUAACAUGGGUAUCUAUCUAGGUUUGAUUCUUUUGACUUGAAAUGCUAUUUAACAAACAGAUUGGAAUAUCUGUAGCUGAGUUUUUAUUUUCUUGCUUAUAAGCACAUUACAUGAUAGACCAGUUAGUAUAUGUGGGCGCACAUGUAACAACUUUGCUACUUUGGUUGGGGGAUUUUAACACUUGCUACAAGUUACAUAUCAAACUCUUAAUUUUUCAGUGUAUUGAUUUUAUAAGGGGAGUGGAUAUUAGAUGAGUAAUGAAGAAAAAAAUCAGCUGAAAUAGAACCUGUGUGGUUGGUAUACAAAAUGAGAAAAUAUAGUUCUUGUACAUAUUUGAAAACCUUGUAUUUGAGACACAGCAGUUAUUUAAUAUAAUGGUAAGUUUAUUACCGUUAAAGGGUCAUGAUGAGGAUUUUUUUUUUAAAUUCCCUCGCCUAGCAAUGUUACUAUUCCAGUUAAUGAAAGGGAUUUAUCAAAGAAUGAUGGGACUUGCCCUAAAGUACAGAACAAUAAACAAUGGUAUGAAUGGGCCUAUUCUGAAAAACUGCAAUUACGUGUCAUUUUGUUGUAAAGCAGCAAAUUACAUUCAGACUUUGGACAAAGAUCUACCUGAACACUAAUCUAGAGCAAAUUCUGGUGACGCACAGGGCCACUAGUAGUGUGAACUGUGUACUGCCUGUGAAAUUGAGUGAUACAAUCCCACAAAGCCUAAUCACAUUAUUUCAUCUAUUUUAGUGAAUCAGAUGUUUUGGCAGCAGCCGAUUUUCCCCUUAAUUUUCUUUUGCUUUUAUUUCGUUCCAGUUGUGCUUGGAAAUGAAAAUACCAUUGUUUUGUCAGCUUGUUUUCAAAACAAAAUAAUCUGGGAAUUUGCUGCUCUUGAGGAAAAGUUGGUGCUUCAGUAUAUUAAUGGCAAUAUUUCCCAUGGUUUCUGCUAUUGCAGUGUUUUUUUUAAUUGGUUAGUCGGUAAGUGUGUAAAGAAAAUGCUAAUUGCUGCUGUAUGAAACGCCCUUACUUUUAAUUGGGCAAAUGUUGGCUUUGUCUUGGUGAUCCCACUUGAAGUUGUCUGUUUUAUAAUGAAGUAUCAUUGACACUGCACAAGCCUGGUGUAAGACAGCACAGCUGUUAAAUAUGACCACAGUAUUGUAUAGUAUACAAGUUUCUUGUAUGCAUUCUUAAUCUCGCAAAAUAAAAUUUGAUUUCAUUUCCAUUGGCAUAUUGUCUCUAACUGGAGAUGUAGCUAAAGAGUGCUAGUUUGGGGUUUGGUUUUUCAUCAUGUAAAUGUAUUCAUUUAAUUAUGUUAACUAAGUUGAGCAGAGGGGACAGUGCAAAGUUUUCAUUGAAGAGGCUUGCUGUGUUACUAUCCUUUCCUAAAAAAUACAUUGGUAUGCUGAAAAGGUUUCAUACAGGCUACUUUUCCCAGGUUGUGGAAGGACCUUCAUUUGUAAAGCAUACAUUGCUAAAGAUUUAUACAGAGUAUUAAUGGCAAAACCUUUGAUAAUCGAACUUGGUGUGUUUGCAACAAUUCUGCUUUAAAGUAAAAUUUUCUAUCCUUAUUGGGUAUUGAAGUCUAUAUUGAUCAAUGCAUUGUUUAUGGUAUGUGCAGUAAUGAGUUUGUUUUAGCUAAGUUUAUGGGGGAUUAGCAUCAUUACAUCCAUAUGCCCAAAAUUUAUGACUACCUUUAUACAAGUGUACAUACAAGGCUCUCCUUUCUUAAAAGAUGCUUAUGAUCUAAUGGUGACCAGGCUAUACGAAUAACCAGGUGAUUUAACAUAUUACCUUUCACAGUGCAGGAUAUUGUUUGCUAAAAUGCAUGGGAUUCAAUAUCUGUUGAAAGCUAGGAGCAGAAAGUUGUAUCAACUUGCUGAAUUUCUCUGUUUAACUGAACUUCAGCUGUAAGUUGCUAUAAGUGAUUUUUUUUGUCCACUGUACUGUGCUUAAAAGUGCAAAUUGCACUUGCCCAUGUAUGUUAUGAUUCAUUUCAUUAACCAAACUACAGAAGGGUAAAUAAAAGUGAUCAUAAAAUGGUUGUAUUAUGGACAAUUUCAUUACAAAUAAAUCGUGUGCAAUGGAACAUUAUUAUCUCAGUGAAUUCCUAAGGAAUAGUCUUGUGGCAAAUGGGUUAUUUAACCAGAAUUGACUGUAUAGAAAAGUCAUUCAUUUGUUUUUAAGUGCUGGCUCUUCACGUAUGUAUGCACAUUUUAUCAAACCUAAAUUGGCUGAGCUAACCUUGGUUGCCAAGAUGAAGUUGCGUGUUGUGAAAUUGUAUGUGGGAUAGUGUUUAAAUUACAAUAAAGUUUUGUUGAAGGUA